AUGAAUUCUGAUAAUCCCCAGAACCAGGACGAGCACGCCGCCAGCUCAACGCCCGACAACCACGAUGCUCUUCGACGCGGCCUGGCAACCCUCUCACUAUCGCAAACGGACUCAAGCUCUGGAGACCUUAAAGCAAAAGACACGGACCGACCAACAGUAGAGAGCGAGGAGAAAAAAGAUACCGGAUCUGGCGCGAGCAUACCGGGUGAAAGACCGAGAAUUUACAGAAUCAAUACACUCAAUGAAGAUGGAGACUCGAUUGAGGAUGAAGAUGAAAAUGAAGAUGGAGAAGGCAGCAACAUCUCACCCGAUCAGUUGUUUGAUAUCGUUUUCAACCUCGACACGCCGCGGGAGGUUGACCUCAAGGUUUCGAUCAAGGGUGAUUUCAACGUGACUAUUUUGGCAUAA